UCCGUCGAGGUAAGCAGCUGCAGGUGUGUCCGCCUCACCUUUCUUUAGAAGUGAGCCAAUCAAGAAGAAGAAAGGGGGGAGGAAGAGAAGACAGCUGUCCUUUAGCCGAGUCUUUCCUCCAAAAUCACCACCAAUUCAGGCAUCAUGUCCACCCCGGUCUCCCCUCCCCUCUCCCCGUUGACACCGGCCUCCCAACCAUCGGCAAUCUCCCCGCUGCCCUCGGCCCUCUCCCCUCCAGCCAGGGUGCCUGUGUUCCAGAGGAAGGGAGCGCUCAAACACAAGAGGAUCGUCGAGGUGAAAGACCACCAGUUCACGGCCCGCUUCUUCAAGCAGCCCACAUUCUGCAGCCACUGCACCGACUUCAUCUGGGGCAUCGGCAAACAGGGAUUCCAAUGUCAAGUUUGCAGUUUCGUGGUUCACAAAAGAUGUCACGAGUUUGUGACCUUCACUUGUCCCGGUUCUGUGGCGGGCCCCAAACCAGAUGACCUGAAGACUCAGCACAUGUUUAAGGUCCAGACGUACUCCAGUCCCACCUUCUGCGACCACUGUGGCUCGCUGCUCUACGGACUCAUACACCAGGGCAUGAAAUGUGGCUGUUGUGACAUGAAUGUCCAUCGACGGUGUGAGACCAGUGUUCCCAGUCUCUGUGGCCAAGACCACACUGAGAAGAGAGGAAGAGUCCACCUGACCAUCAGAGGAGAUAAUGAGGACGUCUUCGUCACAGUGCGGGAGGCUCGUAACCUGAUGCCCAUGGAUCCAAACGGUCUGUCAGACCCGUACGUCAAAAUGAAAUUGAUUCCAGACCCAAAGAGCCACAGCAAACAGAAGUCCAAGACCAUCCGCUCAACUCUUAGUCCCAUCUGGAAUGAGAGUUUCACUUUCUCAGUGCGCGGCCCCCAGUGGGACAGGCGCCUGUCCGUGGAGGUAUGGGACUGGGAUCGCACGUCGAGGAACGAUUUCAUGGGAGCGCUGUCAUUCGGAGUGAGUGAGAUCUUCAGGCGUCCGAUCAGCGGCUGGUUCAAACUGCUGGCCCAAGAUGAGGGAGAGUACUACAACAUUCCCGUGCCAGACCCAGACCUGCAGGAGCCUCAGCCUGACGGCACAACACCGUCUCUGCCUCAAGCGCUCCCUGCCGCGCUGUCUGAACCUUUCCCAGCGGGUCUUACUCCGGCCCCUUUACCAUCCGGCCCACCCGCCCACACCCCCGGCCCUGCCAAAGUCAAAGUUGGCAUCCUCGACUUCAACUUCCUCAUGGUGCUGGGCAAAGGCAGCUUUGGCAAGGUGCUGCUGGCGGAGGAGCGAGGCAGCGAGCGUCUGUUCGCCGUGAAAGUGUUGAAGAAAGACGUUCUCUUCCAGGACGAGGACACCGAGAGCGCUCUGGUGGAGAGGAGGGUUCUGGCGCUUUCCUCUCGCCCUCACUUCCUCACAUCUCUCUACUGCGCCUUCCAGACUGAGGACCGUCUGUAUUAUGUGAUGGAAUACGUCAACGGAGGCGACCUGAUGUUUCACAUUCAGAUAGUCGGCAAGUUCAAAGAGCCUCACGCAGCGUUUUAUGCAGCGGAGAUAGCGGUCGGCCUCUUCUUCCUCCACAGCAAGGGCAUCAUCUACAGGGAUCUGAAGCUGGAUAAUGUGCUGCUUGACAGCGAGGGCCACAUAAAGAUAGCUGACUUUGGGAUGUGCAGGGAGGGCAUGUUGGAGGAGGACACCACGCGCACCUUCUGUGGCACCCCCGACUACAUCGCCCCUGAGAUCGUGGCGUAUCAGCCCUAUGAUAAAGCAGUAGACUGGUGGUCCUAUGGAGUCCUGCUGUAUGAAAUGCUGGCAGGACAGCCACCGUUUGACGGUGUUGACGAGGAGGAGCUGUUCCAGUCCAUCAUGGAGCAGAGUGUGCUUUACCCAAAAAGUCUCUCUCGGGAAGCCGUCUCCAUCUGCAAGGGACUCCUGACGAAGCACCCGGCCAAGCGUCUCGGUGGAGGAGAGGAGGCAGAGAGACAAAUUCGGGAGCAUCCGUUCUUCCGCUGGAUUGACUGGGAAGGUCUGGAGAGACUGGAGAUCUCGGCGCCCUUCAAACCCAGAACUGGUGGGAGGAAAGGAGAAAACUUCGACAAUUUCUUCACAGCAGCUCCAUCAGCGCUCACUCCCUCUGACCCGGAUAUCCUAGCAGCCAUCGACCAGGAAGACUUCCAGGGCUUCACCUUCCAGAACCCAGACUUUGCCCCUUCGCCACUCACGGCUGUUUGAAGAUGGCUCCCAGAACCUGCUCCCACAACCCCUCCAAAUGGACCCAAACUAUGUUCAUCCCCAUACUAGUUGUUUUAUAACAAAGAAUUUGAACAUGAUUACUAUUAAAGACACAUUUCAUAGCCAAAUUCUUACGUUUACAAGAAAAUGCCAAGACACCUUUAUAUUGCACUCUCUUUAAUGUUUGUGUUACAUAUUGAUAGUCACAGAAUAUGCUGCAGCAAUGCAAGCAAAGCCAGUAUUGUAGUUUAGAGAGAACUGUAGUAUGAACCUGAGAAAUGCAUGCAGUGUUUUUAGAAUGAAUUGCUUUGACACACUAGAUUUAUAUAGCUAUAGAUCUUCCAAGAAAAUAUACAUGUGUAACUUUACAACCAAUUUAUCUCAAACUUUUCCCAUUGCUAGUGGAAAUCGUUGAGUGAGAAUCUUACUCACCAAUACGAGUCAGGUUUCCCCUCAGACGGCCACUGAGCAGGUCGAGUCACUUGUCGAUCACACACAUGAAGACAAAUGUUUCUUCACAGGUUUAUUCCAGUUGAUUAUGUUUAUACACAGUGCAGUGAUUCAGCCUUAUGUGUCUUUCUAAUAAAUAUCCAUCUCACUCUA